CAUUUUUCUUUCCUUUCCCACAUUUUCUCAGCAACCAAACGGAGGAAGAUCAACCAUUUCAAACUUCACUAUUACACUCUCCAACACCAUUGCCAGAAAUUUCCAUUCAAUUUCGUCCUUACGAUUCGAAAUCCUACUGGCGCAAAAAGGACGUCGAAUCUGCGAACGCUGCAGUCAAUGAGUAACAGAAGGUUCGUAUUCUCUGAUAAGGAGCACCGUUCCUCCAAAGCGUCUCUUUUAGAUGGCCUUGAGGAAGGUGGUCUUAGGGCCUCCUCCUCAUACUCCCAUGACUUUAAUGAGCAUGACAAUGACAAAGCCGUGCAAAGUUUACAAGAUAGAGUUGUUUUUCUGAAGAGAUUAACAGGUGAUAUUCAUGAAGAGGUGGAGAGCCAUAAUCGCUUGCUUGACCGAAUGGGCAAUAGCAUGGAUGUGUCAAGGGGUAUAUUGUCUGGAACAAUGGAUAGAUUUAAAAUGGUAUUUGAGAAAAAAUCAAGCCGGAGAACGUGUGUACCUGUGGCAUAUUUUGUGGUUUUCUUCUUAAUCAUAUACUUUCUAUUUAGAGUUUUAUGCCUGAAAAGAUUGGCCAGCAGCUGGAGGUGAGCUGCUUGUUAAAUUGUACAGUGGCAGAUAAGCGACAUUUGCUUCUUGCUUCCCUUACAUUUAUAAAACCUUACUGUUGCUUGUACUAUUGCACGGUUUUCUUGAUCUCA